AUUUUAGACGCUAUGUCUGUGUGUCUGCGUAUACCUGGACCGACGCGUUCAGUCCUUAUGCUACUUAGGCGUUCGCAGACGCACCGAUGCACCUAUAAGUAGAUCGGCUGUAACGGAGAAUACCAUCAGUCAAGCAGACUUCUUCGAGCGGAUACCUCCUCGACGUAAGUUGAAAUCGCUGCAGUGCCGAAAAUUAGUCGAACUUUGCCGAUUCCUUGCUCGCAUAUAUACAUCCACCAACACUAUGGCUUCUACAUCCAGCUACCGAAAAAGCGUGAUGUGCCGAGUUCCAUAUCGUCCAGUAAAAUUCGGUAUUAUGAACCAGCAAAAAGAAUUCGACCUCCAGCUGUCUCAAAAGUUAAGAGAGAUAUUCAAAAAACGUUCCUUCACCGAUGCAGACGUCAACGAGUUCCUUCGCAUAAGCACGGUCGACAGCGAUUACGAUUCUGCAAUCGAGUUGAUACUGGAACAGCAACAUUUUCCAUUCAACAAAAUUCCCAAAGACAUCCUCGCACAGCACUCGAUCUUGUGGAUCGCUGUUUUUGGCGCUUGUUUUAGCACGCUCGAGCUGCUCGUGUGCUUCGGUGCCGAUCUUAUCGAGCCACUCGGCAAACACGCCGCACUCAUGCGGGUGAUUACUAAUAUGUCGAGCCUUACUGAAAAAUCGACCGUUCUGCACGCGCUGAUCGAUUAUUAUGACGGCUCAGAGAACAAGCAACAGCUCAUUCGUUCGAUGAUCGAGCGCGAACCCAAAUUAUUGCUAACGCGAGACUCAAUGGGACUAACAGCUCUGAUCUGUGCUGUGAAGCAGGAAUACAUCGAAUUGGUUGAAAUGUUUCUUGAGAAAGCGGCAGCCGUCAAUGCCCCUGCCAAGGAGGGAAUAACGCCGUUGCUUUUCGCAGCUGGAACUAUGGAAAGAUGCAGCGAGAUUAUACCGCUUCUGUUAAGACACGGAGCUGAUAUUAAUUGCAAGGAUUAUUCGGAAGAGAACAUACUUCAUUAUUUAUCAUUUGCACCUGGCAAAAAUAACGCCGUAGUCGACAUGGCCAGGGGCUUCAUCCAGAGGGGCAUCCCUGUCGACAAGAAAAGCUUGUUGUGCGAGCACCAGCCUAUACACUAUGCAGCACGGAUGGGCAGACUAGAACUGAUGCUCCUCUAUUUGGACCACGGCGCAGACGUGAACGCGCUAACGGCCGACGGUUCGUCUCCGCUGCACUACGCGGCUACGUCUCCUGGCAACUCUCGGCUGCUGCGUACUUUGCUCGAACGCGGAGCGAACGUUCAGCAACGAAUAUAUGACAACCGCGGUUACUCAUCGGGUCGCACCGCAUUACACGAUGCCUGCGAUGAGUUUCAAGACGAAAACAUCCGAGUACUUCUGUCCGCAGGCGCGGACCUAACCAGCGAGGACGGCGAAGGAAAUACGCCUCUGUCUCUCAUUCCUAAAUUUUUUUUCUACAAUUUAAAAAAUACCAGCGUCGUCUUCAUGAUGCUGAAGAUGCUGGCCAUGAAAAAAGUUCGCCAGCCGGAAAUCGUACUGAAGGACGAGACGCUUAUAAGGAGCAAUCGAAAGUUGUCGAAGUUCUUCCAAGACCUCGUCGAGCAGCUCGAGAGGACAAAGACCACGAGUAUCAUCCAGAACUUUACAUUCUACCAACUGCUGACGAUUUGCCAUUGCCAGACUGCCAGAUUUAUGCGGAACCCUGAUCUCCAAAUUAAUUUCGAGCGCCACAAUAUGACUGAAUUUUCCACUUGGGCGGAAGACUUGACCAAAGCUUUUAAACGCGCGCGAAGCCACUAUUGCGCUGUGUUGGAACAGGAGGAAACUAUCGACGAGGCUUUCUAUUGUAUCUUACCGUAUUUAAUUACGAGAAUGAUGGUUCACUAUAUAUACAAUUGUUGCGCGAACGUGAAAUAAGCAACUGUCAGAAACUGGAUCGUUUUUUAAAAUACAAUCAUCAGCGUCACCUUUUUUGUUAUCACUUAUCGAGGUUUCAUCGUUAAACUUGUAUCAUUUACUUUGCAAGCUUUUGUAUUAAAUGCUGUGUGUAAUUUAAGCAGAAUAAAUUAUAUACAUAUA